AUGCAUGAUAUUUUCGAAGGUAUCUGUGAAUACGAUUUGGGUUUAGUCAUCAACUACUUUAUAGUUACUGCAAAAUUUUUUUCUCUUGAUACGAUUAAUGAAAGAAUCGAAAGUUUAUUCUACGGUGAUGAAAUAGGGAACAAACCUCGACCAUUGAAGAAAGCUCAAAUUCUAGAAAAAUUUAUUAAAAUGUCAGCAGCAGAGUCAUUGUGCUUUAUGAUUUUUGUUCAACUCAUUCCACUUACAAUGGCCAUGGGCAGAAAUAUAUUGUUAAACGUUGGAUUUAAAAAUAUGAAUUUUGUUAAAAUAAAUAACAUAAAUUCGGUAGAAUCUGGCGCCAAGUUCCGUUCAAAUCCGUUGUCAACGGAGCGCCAGGCUACCGACUGUGUUUACUGUAAGCAGAACGAAUUAGUUUUUUGA